AUGCAUCUGGUGCUGAUAUCAAGAAACGAUACUUUGAGCUCGUUCGGAUUUACCACCCAGAUACCGCACAGUCGCAAGGCAUAACUGUUGAACAGGCAGAAGCGAGGUUCCACGCCAUCACUCAAGCCUACAACGCUCUCCUACAACUCGACCCAGAUUACCGAGCGAGAUCAUCCGAUGGGACGUCCCUCGAUAAGGAAGCGGAAGAGAUUAAAGAACGACUAGCCAAGUGGUCGCGUAUGGGACAGUCGUCUCAGGACAGGGCGCGUCGUCAACGCGCUAUGGAUGCAGAAGCAUCUGCUGGGAAAUGGUGGAAGUCGGAUCUAUCCAUUGUCUACUUGCUCGGAGCAGUGGGCGCUCAAUUCCGGCACAGAAAGAAAGGUUGA